UUGUGACAAGUGUCUGAGCUCACUAGUUGUCGUUGUUUUACCUCAUAAUUUCCCUCAAAAAUCAAAACCCUGCCCUCUUUCUACAAAAUUAAUCCUGCAGAUAUAACAACAUGGUGUCAAUGUCAUCUUCUUAGGUACCGUGAUUCAUCAGACAAUGAAGCCUGGGUACAUGUAUUGUGUAUGUUUAUCCUGGAUGUCAACAUUCCUGAUUUACUGCACAUCAGUAGCGAUCCUACCCACAGUUGGAGCCACGCUCUGGCCAGGUGCCACCAACAUCCACACUACCCCAUCGGAUCAUUCCAUUAUUGUGCUGGAUAAUGUUAUCACUGAGCCAGCUGCACAUGCCCUCCACAGUUACGUGUUACAGUUUGCACAAUGGAAACUGAAUGGCCAUGCGCAGGAGACAAGCACACUUAUUAAUAACCAAACUGCAGAACAAAGCUGUUUGCUGCAAAAAAAAGUCCCAUGGAGUGCUCAGUUAUCAUCUCCAUUUUAUGAAAAUGUGUGUUUUUUGAAGAAUAUUUUGAGUUUACCCGAACUGGUAAACUUCACUCCACACAGUGUGCAAGCAGAGAUAUUGAGACGAGGGGACUCCAUAAAAGUCCAGUGUGGCUUGGACAAGCAAGGAUUGGAUACUGAAUAUUCAUGGAGAGUUUUCCUGACCCCAGACUGGCAAAUCAAUGACUAUGGAGAUUUGAUGUUCUAUGACAGAAACGACAAAGGUGGGAAGCAGGAAGCAGUGUUGACUGUGCAUCCAAGGAUGGGUAGAUUUGUCCUUUGGGAUUCAUCGUUGUCGUUUGUGUACCAUCCUCCAUCAAUGGGCUACAUACAGGGACUACUAUCUAUUACUGGUCAACUGACUUCAAGUAAGAACAAGAUGAAAUUUCAGGAUGAGAUCACUGAUGAACAGCAAACAUCAAGGCCGCAAUUCUCUUCUCAGUUCACUCGUACGGAUGAAAUGGAGGAUUUGGCCGAUAAAUACGUCCGAAGUUUCUAUGACAGUGAAGGAAGAGUGAUUGCUGUGUAUGACAAUAUAUUUUCGGCUGCUGAUUUAGAAGAAUUGCAGCAAGCUUUAUUGGCCCAGGGAGAAAUCAUGUACCUGCCUCAUGAUGUGCAACCAGAAGAGGAUGUCGAUAAUGCUCAAUGGAUUAAGAGUUUUGAUCCAGAGAAGUUUGCAACAUCUGCAGUGUGGAGGAGACUGUCUCAAGUCAUGAGGCACGUCAGUGGAAAUAGAACAUCAUGGUACCCGUAUGAUGUUGCACUGAACAUUGUACGAUCUGCUGACCACACAAGAAUACAUCAAGACUGUGAGGAAUGGGAGGACGAAUACACCAUGGUUUUGUACUUGAAUCCUGACUGGCGACCAGAGUUCUGUGGAGAAACUGUGUUCUUUGAAGCCAUGCCUGGUAGUGAGCUGCAAAGACAACUGUAUGGACUUCAUGGUGGAACAGAGUACCAGCCUAUUGCAUCUGUACUCCCUAAAUACGGCAGGCUAGCAGUAUUCCAAGGUAUCAUUCCCCACUCGGCUAGACCUCCAAGUAAUCUCUUUGCUGGUGCACGGUACACAUUCGCAGUCAAGGUGUCCCUCACCAGAAGAAUUGCUCUUGCCAAGCGACUUCAGGAGGUUUUGGAAGACUGCUUUGAAGAACUGUCGAUGGAGGAAGAACAACUGUUAGAGGAUUUGAUCUCGGGGGUUUACAAUCACGAGCCAUCCUUCAGAUCAGAUGAGUGGCUGGAGCAGAGACUACAAGAUACUAAGAGCGAAGCUUCCAAGGUUAGAAAUAAUAAGAAACAUCAGAUGGAAAGCUCUUUACUCACAUGUGAAUGAAGGCAUCAACAUUAAAUUGUACAUAGACUUUUCUAAUUUUUUUUACUCUUCAGAAGUAAGGAAGUGUUACAGGUAGAGUAGAUCAUUUGCAGCUAUCCAAAAAGUAACUGACAAAAUUAUUUGUGAAAAGCAUAACUUGGUUUAAAGAUGGUAAUGGCAUGAACUACUAUGAAAUUAACAUCCUAGUAUAUUGUUUUCUCGGAAUAUACAGCAUUCACUGAGCUAAAUCUUCAUCAGGUUAGUUGUUAAGCACCCUUCUUUAGAUUUUGAGCACUUUUGUUGCUUCACACGAAAAAAAAUGCACAAAUGAUCUACACUGCCUUUAAACUAUUAAACCCAAUCAUAGGUUAAAUCGUCUAUGCAGAAAUAAUUAUGUAAAGACUGAUACAGAAAUUCCACCUGUUGAGCAAUACAUUUAUAAUUUGAUAUAUACAUUGGACUGUUUUUUAUAGUACAUUAUACUAUUAUGUUAUGAUUUUCUGAUUGGGUGAAAUGGCUGAUUCCUGAUUCACCAUUUCUUUGUUAGGCAAAAAAAAAAAGAGUCUCCGGUUUCUAGUAUGCGCGCGCGUCGCUGUAGCCAUGCGCAUUGGCAAAAAGAAA